AAAUGGAUAGAUCCGCACUGACCUGUCUUAUAUAAACAGUUUUAAUGCUUUCAAUUCAUUCAGUCUGUCCAAUGAGACUGAAUCAUAUGUCUUGGAGUCUAUGACACACUCAAUUUACUCUCAGUUAGAUUCAGUGGAAUCGCUAAUCAACGAGGUUCCAUAUAUGUUUUAUCUCGGUCUAUUUUUUGUCAAUGUCUUAAUUCUCUACUAUGCCUUUUUAAUGGAAUACAUAGUCCUUAAUGUAGGGAUAGUAUUUUUGCCAGAGGAUAUGGACCAGGCACUGGUGGAUUUGGGGGUUCUCUCUGACCCAGCCUCUAUUCCCUAUGACACAGACACUGAGUUGGAUGUUUUUGAGGGAUAUCUGGAAUAAACUAUUAUGACUGGCUAUCCCAAACGACGCUUUUGUGGGGAAGAUGUCAUUUGGCCGAUUCAUUUGGUGUCUGGAGAGCCAUUGUCAAAGGGAACUGCAUAUCAUCUCUGCAGACAUAAAAAAUAUGUUGCAGUGGGCAAAUUAUGAAAAAAUGACUUUCAUGAAUGAGCUGUCCAGGUUCAGGGGACUGACCUGCAAGCAAGCCACCGUGCCACAUGGAAUGUUUACCUGGAACAGAUAAGCCGAACACACUAUGUGGUUUUCCAUGAAGCCGCCAGUCAGUGUCUCCUCAGAGAUCAAAUUCGGGCACUAACCACUACUGUGGAUAUAAAUGUCACAUUAGCCUAUUUAUUUUUAGUUCGGCAUUCAGCACUCAAGCAGGAUUCUGUGUCAGCCCGGCAAGGGCUUGUUAUUACCUGCAGACAACUCGCUUAUUUAUACAUGGUCUGCCUCAGCAUGGUUUCAUUCCCUUUAAUAAUAUUCAAACGAGCAAUACAUUAUGAGACAAACAGGGUGUUCUUGGGUUUUUUUCUAAAAGACUCUUUGGAACUGCUUAUUUGUGACAGCCUGAAAAAAAUGAUAUAUUUGAGUUUCAGUUAUCCACUCUCUCUCUAUAUAUAUAUUUAAUAAAUGAUUAAUUGCACUUUUUGUGUUGCCAUGGUGUCACAUUUGACUUUCAAAUAUCUGUUUCCACAUUACAAAAACAUACUGUUAACAGUGGACUUCCCUGAAAUUGCCUAUCCUAAAUUUAAAACUCAAUUUAAUAUUAAUUAAAUUUUAGUGUA